AUGAUGCGUGAGGUGCAGGACAAGAGCAGCGAGGCCUACCAGAGGCUCAGCUGGGAUGCGCUUUGGAAGAGCAUUAAUGGGCUGGUGAACAAAGUCAACGCCACCAACAUCAAGAAUAUAAUCCCCGAGCUCUUCUCGGAAAACCUAAUUCGCGGGCGGGGUCUGUUCUGCAGGUCAUGUAUGAAAUUGCAGAUGGCGUCGCCGGGAUUCACAGAUGUUUUUGCUGCGUUAGUUGCCGUUGUGAAUACCAAGUUCCCAGGAGUGGGUUUACUUCUAUUGAAAAGGGUUGUCUUACAGCUCAAGAGAGCUUAUAAACGGAACGACAAGUGUCAACCUCAACUACUUGCUGCAACAAAAUUUAUAGCUCAUCUUGUGAAUCAACAAGUAGCACUUGAGAUUAUUGCAUUAGAGCUUUUAACAGUGCUGUUGGAAAACCCUAGCGAUGAUAGUGUGGAGGUGGCUGUAAAUUUUUUUAAAGAAUGUGGAGCGCUGCUUCAGGACUUCUCCCCUCAAGGUCUCCAUGGUAUUUUUGAACGUUUUCGGGGAAUACUUCAUGAAGGAGAGAUAGAUAAACGAGUUCAAUUCUUGAUUGAGGGCCUUUUUGCAAUAAGGAAAGCCAAAUUCCAGGGAUUUCCUGCUAUCCGCCCAGAAUUCAACCUUGUGGAGCAAGAAGAGUAAUUUACCCAUGAGAUAUCCCUGGAAGAUGAGAUAGACCUGGAGACAAUCUUGCCAAAUCCACAAUUUCUGGAUGAUGAGAAGGCAUUUGAGAAUAUUAAGAAAAAUAUCCUUGGGAUGGAGUCUUCUGGAGAUGAAGAAGGGUCUGACGUAGCCUCAGACAAUGAAGACGAAGAAGAAUCUGAAGAGGAGGAAGAAGAGAAAAUGAAAAUAAAAGAUGAGACCGAGACAAAUCUUGUUAAUUUACGGAGAACUAUUUAUCACACAAUCAUGUCAAGUGUUGAUUUUGAGGAGGCUGGUCAUAAGUUGUUAAAAAUCAAACUUGAGCCUGGUCAAUAG